AUACGGGUUUACUGUGUUUUCAAACUUGUUUGUCUAUAUUGUCACAUGGAUUGUAUUGCACAUUACAGGAGAGUGUGAUAAGGAGCAAGUAGGACCAGCAGAUGCCUGGAAGUUCAGGCACAUUGUUUAUAUAGUGUUGGGUGUUGGCACUACAGCUUCUGUUCUUUUCCACAUAUUUGUGUCUGAAGGAAGAGGAUUUAGACAGCAACAACCAUUAAUCGACUACAAUGAUGAUAACAGAGUGCAUUUGAGCAUAUUUCGAAAACUUCAUUUAUACCAGGUGGCGGGGGUAUAUAUGAGCACUAGAAUUGUUGUCAACAUUGCUCAAGUGUUAAUUCCUCUGUACCUACAUAAAACGUUAGGCUUAGCAGCUCGUUCGCUUGCCGUGAUCCCUUUAGCGAUGUAUCUGGGGAGCUUAUUAUCUGCUGGAGCACAGAGGUUAGCUCCAAGAUCUUUCACCCGAAAACUAAACUAUUUUGUUGGGUCCAUUUGCUCACUUAUUGGUUUCAUUUGGAUUUACCUCGAAUCCGAUUAUAACUACAAAGUAUAUUAUAUUUAUGUUGUUGCAGUGUUAAUAGGUUUUGGUGGAUCUCAAAUGCUUGUGACAAGCCUUGCCCUAACAGCGGACCUGGUCGGUGACAAAACUGAGGCUUCAGCAUUUGUCUACGGUCUUAUGAGCUUUACUGACAAACUUUCAUGUGGAGCAGCUAUCGCUAUAAUACAGAUGUAUGCUGACGGUGCAAGUGCAAGUUACUACCGAGAUGUGUUGUCAUGGGUGUGCGGUGGUGCGUGUGUCCUGGGACUCAUUUUAACAUUAUUGAUGCCCAAGUUAACAUCUGAUGCUCAACUUACUAAUAGUAAGUUUCGUUAA